AUGAAUAGCAGAGAUAAGAGCAGUGACGGAGACAAACCAAAUCUAUUUUCCCCUUCCCAGAGCUCUACAGGAUUGGACUCUGGAACUUUAGUUAUCGAAAAUGUCCUUGAUCACAGUCAAUUUGUUUUCCACCCAAUUAUUACUGACCCAUUGCCAAGAGACUUGGAAAAUAUUGAUAUUGAUGGCAUUGAAGGUGAUGAAGAGAUUACAAACUAUGAGUGCAGCGAGAUGAGCUCAGCAGCAAAUAGUCAGAGUCGAGAAGGAAAUGUGUAUGAAGGACAGAUGCUUGGGGACAUAGACUUAACACCUACUGUAGCCCUUGAAAGAAGGAGAAAGCGUGGGCUAGACAGUUUAAUCCUAUCAAAUUUCUUCACAAGGACAGAAAAAACCCCUAAAAAGGAGUAUAUUAGACUCCGUGUUAUUAGAGGCCAUAAAAAAGCGCAUCGACAAAUUUUCAAAAAUCAAACUCCGCUUAUCAACGCUCUGCAUGCUUUUGAACCCACCCAAAAUUCUCAGUAUCCACUUAUAUGGAGAAUUCUAUCAGAAACCUGCAUGAGAUACAAAUCAACAAUCAGUCAAAGCUGCAAAACAGAAAGCGGGCCUGCAACUGAUGGCAAAUCCCGAAAGAAAAUCAUCUCGGGUGAUGAAGCGAAAAGCUUCAACAAUAAUUUUUGCAGGAAUUAUUUCUCAAUCCCAGGAGUUCUUGAGUCUUACUUCUGGUACAUCGAACUUAUCUUUGCGAACAAAAACCCUAGCGUGCUUUGCAGAAAAUUUGAGAUGUUUUGUUGUUAUGGCCCGCAUUCAAAUGAGUGUACGAAUAAAUGGCAGUAUUUGCAUGCUUAUUUAAAUGAUAUUAUGAUUAGAGAUCUUACAACUAGAGGCCUUGUGAUGAAAGCUUGAUUCCCUGAUGGAUACCAUCAAAAAAAUUACACACUUGAAUAUCUGGAGCAAGUUGAGAAUGAGAGAUUACAGCAUGAGCAAAAAAGUGAAGAUAUUCUAAGGCAAUCAACUUUAUAG